AGUGUCGGUGUGAAGAGUGACAUUUUCCUUCAACUCGCCUCUGUGCACCACACAUUCGCUUGCGCGAGUCGGGAGACGAAUAUAAAAUUUUACCAGCAUCGAAAUUCCACCAGGAAACAGUUGGGAGUGUUUUUCUAAACUAUUGCAAAUAAAUCUUGCAGAACAACGCAAAACAUGGCUGCCAGCACUAGUGGUGAUAAAGCGGCGGAUGAUUCACUUUACCCGAUUGCGGUGCUGAUCGAUGAGCUGAAGAAUGAAGAUAUCCAGCUUCGCCUGAACUCGAUCAAAAAGCUGUCGACUAUAGCCCUGGCACUGGGAGAGGAACGAACCCGCACCGAGCUGAUCCCGUUCCUUACCGAGACCAUUUACGACGAAGAUGAAGUGCUGCUGGCACUCGCGGAGCAGUUGGGCAACUUUACGGCUCUCGUUGGUGGGCCGGAUUAUGCGAUGUAUUUAAUUCCCCCGCUGGAAUCACUGGCCACCGUCGAGGAGACUGUGGUUCGCGACAAAGCUGUGGAAUCGCUGCGGAUCGUUGCGGCUCAGCAUAGUGCCCAGGAUUUGGAGGUACAUGUCGUCCCCACUCUGCUGCGUUUGGUGUCUGGCGAUUGGUUCACAUCCCGUACCUCUGCUUGCGGACUGUUUUCCGUUUGCUAUCCGAGGGUUUCCGCUGCAGUGAAAGCCGAGCUGAGGAAUAAUUUCCGUUCGUUGUGUCAGGAUGAAACGCCGAUGGUUCGACGAGCGGCCGCCGGAAAGUUUGGGGAAUUUGCUAAGGUCGUCGAGGUGGAGUACCUAAAGUCCGAUCUCAUCUCGAUGUUUGUCCAGAUGGCACAAGACGAUCAGGAUUCAGUUCGAUUGUUGGCUGUGGAGGCUUGCGUCAGCAUUGCCCAGCUGCUACCCCAGGAUGACGUGGAACAUAAUGUCAUGCCAACCCUUCGCCAGUGUGUAAACGACUCUUCGUGGCGUGUGCGGUAUAUGGUGGCGGAGAAAUUUACCGACCUGCAGAAAGCCGUUGGCCCGGAAAUCACAAAAACCGAUUUGGUUCCCGCGUUCCAGUAUCUGCUGAAGGACACCGAAGCUGAGGUGCGUGCUUCGGCCGCCACGAAAGUGACCGAGUUCUGUUCCAAUCUGGAGAAGGGAAGCCAGGAGCAAAUUAUCAUGACUUCGAUUCUCCCAUACGUUAAAGAAUUAGUUGCCGAUCCCAAUCAGCAUGUAAAGUCUGCACUGGCAUCGGUUAUCAUGGGCCUUAGUCCAAUUCUAGGUCGUAACAACACAAUCGAGCAUUUGUUGCAAUUAUUCCUGCUCCAAUUGAAGGACGAAUGGCCAGAGGUUCGGUUGAAUAUUAUCUCCACGCUGGAUUGCAUUAACGAUGUCAUCGGGAUUCAACAGUUGUCUCAGUCGUUGCUCCCCGCAAUUGUUGAGCUGGCUGAGGAUUCCAAGUGGCGAGUGCGGUUGGCUAUUAUCGAAUACAUGCCACUGUUAGCCGGACAAUUGGGCCAGGAAUAUUUCAACCAGAAGCUACGUGAUCUCUGCUUCAACUGGUUGAAUGACCACGUGUAUGCCAUUCGCGAGGCUGCCACUCUUAACAUGAAGAAAAUUGUUCAAACAUUCGGAACCCAGUGGGCUGAAACCAAUAUCAUCAACCAGAUUCUGGUCAUGUACAAGAACAGCAACUAUUUGCAUAGAAUGACCUGUCUUUUCUGUAUCAAUGCGCUGGCUGAUGUCGUCGGCGCUGAUAUCAUCAAGCGACUAUUCCUGCCAACGAUUAAGGUCCUUGCGACCGAUCCCGUUGCGAACGUGCGGUUUAAUGUCGCCAAGUCGCUGCAAAAGCUGUCCCCAUUCCUGGACCAGGCUGCCAUCGAUGAACACGUGAAGCCAAUCUUGGAGAAGCUGAACACAGACGCAGACGUGGAUGUAAAGUAUUUCGCCUCAGAGGCAAUGGUUGGAAUUGCUGCCGCUUAAAAUAAUCCAGGAAAGUUUUCUAUGCAUUGUUAAGUAAGUCGGUGGAAAAUAAACUCAUAACUAUAUAGAAACUAUUUGUGCGGUGAAGAAAAAUCGCGGCGCGAUCGAUUUUUUUUCUAAUUAGUUUAUGCCUUGACAAAUUGUGAACGAAAUCGGGCUUUACGCCGAAAAUCAUGUAAAAUAGUCGUUGGGAAGACCUUUUUUGUUUAAUAGGAAUCGCAGUCAUUUUUAUAAAAGAACUUCAAAACACACUCACACACAAAAAGAUACAAUUCGGAAUGCGUUAAUGUGGACCACUUUCCCCACAGGAAUCCGUUAGUUACUUUUAAUUCAGCACGACAUGCGCUCUGACAACGCAAUGGAUUUGGGACAACGUAAAAGGAAUACUUUUCGUUCAAGGGAUACUCGAAGUUUGAACCGAUACCUUUUUAGCUGGAGGGGCCCCGCGCGAGUGGUGUCGUCAUUACUACAGUAGAUUGUUAUCAUUGACCGUCGGACCACAGCAGAAAAAGUAACGCGAAGCAAAGUGAAAAAAACAUUGAAAACAAAUUUAUCCAAUUACAUUAUUCUAGUAUAAGGUUAAUAUUAACGAUAAUACAUUCAGAAUAAAACAAUAAUUUAACA